AUGCCUAAAUCUCAUUCAUCAUCUUCAUCGGGGUCAUCCUCUUCAAGUGAAGAGAAGAAGAGAGUGAAAGACUUUAAUCAAAAGAAGUCAAAGAGUUAAAAGUCAAGGGAGAGAUCAAAGGAAAAAUCAAAGGAAAGGAAAACUAAAGAGAAAACCAAAGAAAAGAAAGUGAAGAAUCUUCUUCUUGUUUAGAAUAUUUCAAGAAAUGUCACUCAAGAUAUUCUACAUGAAAUUUUCUCAACAUAUGGAAAGUUAACCAAUGUAGAAAUGUAGUUCGAUGAAUAAAAUAAUAUGCUUCCACUUCUGUUUGCAUUUAUAACAUACAACGAUGAAGGCGAUGCUUCCCAAGCCACUUAAUAUAUGCACAGAGCAAUUAUUGAUGGAAAGAAGAUUAAAUGUUAAAGUCUUGGAUUAGACAGAUAAAAAUAUUAUACGGAGAAAAUUAAAAAAGAAAGAUUAGAUAAACUUAGGUAAAGAGAGAUCAAAAAGGAACGAGAUUUAAGAUAAAAGGAAGAAUAUGCAAAAGCUAGAAUUAGAGAGGAUAAGUAAAAAAAUGAAAAUAAGGAGUUCGACAAAGAUAAGGAGAAAGAUAAAGAAAAGGAUGUAUAAAAAAAAGAUUAAGAAUAAUAACCAGAAUAAUAAAAAUAAAAAGAAAAAGAUAGUAAUAAAGAUAAAGAAAGGGAAAAGGAAAGAAAAGAGAAAGAAAGGGAAAAAGAAAAGGAAAGAGAGAGGGAAAGAGAAAAGGAAAGAGAAAGAGAAAAAGAGAAAGAAAGAGAGAGGGAAAGGGAGAGAGAAAGAGAAAAAGAGAAAGAAAAAGAGAGAGAAAGAGAAAAGGAGAGAGAAAGAGAAAAAGAAAAAGAAAAGGAAAGAGAAAGAGAAAGGGAAAGAUAAAGAGAAAAAUAAAAACAAAAAGAAAAAAGAGAAAAGGAAAAGUAAGAAAGGAUUGAAAGGGAAAAAAAGAAGAAAUAACAUUCAUCAAGAAGAAGAUCUUCAGACAGAUAUCAUAAAAGAUCAAGUUCAAGAAAGAGACAUUCUAAAAGACGAUAUAGUAAAAGAUCAAAAACACCUAAAAGAAAAUAGAAUAGGAGGGAAAGCACUUCAAGUUCAUCAUCUGAUUCUUCUUCCUCUUCAUCUUCUAGUGGAAGUUCUAGUAGCAGUAGUAGUAGUGGAUCUUCUUCUUCUUCGCAAUCAGGAGAUCAAAAGUAAACAAACUAAAACUAGAAAAAGACAUCUUCAAGUAGCUCUUCAAGUGACUCUGAUAGUUCAUCUUGA